UUUUGGGACCAGACGUUAUAUUUGCUUUCCACGCGCCACCCGGCUCACAUAAAAAGCUGCUCAUUGUCUUCAGCAGCCACUGUUUGACUCUCUACAUCUUUACUGACACCCAUUCACAGGAGCCCGACAGACCCAGAGCCAUGAAUCCCAAAGGGGAUAAGCCGAAGUCGAAAAUUACAGCUUCUCGCAAGCUCUCUCUCAAGAUGCUGCUCCUCACAAGAGCCUGUGAGGAUUUGGAGAGGGAGAGGCAAGAAAGGGAGGAGGAGAAAGUGCGCUAUCUAGGAGACAAGUUGCCCCCUUUGCAACUGUCUGGAUUAUCACUGGAGGAACUACAAAAAAUGUGCAAGCAGCUUCAUUCACAAAUUGAUGUUGUGGACGAGGAGAGAUAUGACUGUGAAUCCAAAGUGGGCAAACACAACAAAGAUAUCCAUGAGCUGAAGCUGAAGAUACAGGACCUUGGAGGAAAGUUCAAAAAGCCUGCCCUGAGGAAGGUGAGGGUGUCGGCAGAUGAGAUGAUGAGAGCUCUCCUGGGAUCCAAACACAAGGGCUCGAUGGACCUCAGAGCCAACCUUAAAUCCGUGAAGAAGGAGGAUGGUAAACAGGACAAGGUGCUCACAAGUGAAGACUGGCGUAAGAACGUGGAGGCCAUGUCAGGCAUGGAGGGCCGCAAGAAGAUGUUCGAUACAGCCGGCGGAGCACAGUGAGACACUCUGUGAGGAAACCUGCAAACGAUGAAGCUGGUCAAUAAGAGCAGGGAAAAAGAAGGUGUGCCGACAGAAAUAUGGAAUAGUUAUGUGAAGGCUAAGUGACUUGAAAGCUAUAGGAAUUAAGCAUAAAUGUCAUAAGCAUGUAUAACCACGAGUACAUCAGCUGUGCCUCCAUUCGCUAGAUGGCCAAUUUCUGUGCAAUGACUCAAAGCACUUAAAGAAAAGUGUAGAAAGAGUAAACGCCCAUUGUUUUUUUUUGUUUUUUUUUAUUACCAAAGUACAUUAUUUUUGUUUCGUUAUGGCAUCUUUAGACAAUUAAAAUGGAUAUGAAUAAAGUUUCAGUCUGUGACUUUAUCAUGUUUCAAUUUACUGGCACCCGUCAGUUUAUGUGUGGCACGCAAGAGGAUGGAAAGAUGCUAAACUCAUGAUGGAUUAAAAAAGGAAAAUGAUAACUCAAGGGAGGGGGGGUGCAACAGGUGUUACCUACCUAAAUGCAACCUCAUAAUGCUUAAAUAGAUCCUGCAGAUACAUAAAAAAGGGAAAGCACAUAUUUAAAUUAAAGUUUAAGUGACAAUUGCAAGUGACAAAUAAUGAUGAAGACAGUUUCUUUUACCAGAUUUUAACACAUUUUGAACAAAGAAAAUUGAUCUCCAAUCUGAUUAUAGUUUCAACCAUCAUUAGAAUUAUGUUUUGCUCAUUUUUCAGACUACUUCUUCUUCAGUACUUCUUGAUGAGUUAUAGUUUGAGUUUAGUAGUUUGAUUAAAGAAACAAACAACAGGAGAUUUCCAUAACCUAGCCUUGGAAAGCAAAACCCACUGCUGUUGUUCACCUACACAUUGCAUGCAUGCAUGUGCUUCUUCGGUCUGUAUGGGUCAACUGGCUGCUGUCGCCAAGCCAUUGUUAUUUGAAAUAUGACAGCAACACCAACAAUAGCUUCAGUUGGUGUAUCGUAUGCUUUUAUGGGCUGGUGAUGGACAGCUGAUACACAUCUCUCACGCUUGCCAGAAGUCCACUUUCAAUGUCUAAUGACUGUGAAAUCUGGAUGGUGAAAAGUUAUUUUCUUAGUUUGUCCCUUUAUCAUCUUCCACUGUAUGUGUGUGUGUGUGUGUGUGUGUGUGUUUAGUCACGUUGAAAAGCUGACAUAUGGCCUCUUGUACUCAGGCUUAGCGAGCUGAUAAUGAAAAGCAACCCGGGUCUCAAUGCACACUUAGUAUCUAUAAAUAGGCACUGAUUAGAGCGACCUUCACGUUGAACAAAUGUUCCAGAUGUGUUAUCCAGAGUUCAUUUGUGUCAACACCACGCAGUGACUGUGAAAUGCAAAAAGGUCACAAUGCUGGAGUCUUCCGCGAAACUUGUUGAGAUGACAAACACUUGAGGUGUGGCUUGAUGUGCCAAAACUCAAACCAACACAGUCAGUGUCACUCAUGUGCUUAAGGGAUGCAACACGCUGUGCUUUAUUGUCAGUACCACUUGGUGGCAGUCCACAAUCAGAGGAAUACAGUACAUCUAGUGCCAUGAAUAUUAAAAACUUAGCCGAAGAGCUUGUUGAGCUAUGGAAAUUCCUUCAGAUUUUCAUUCUCUGCCUUGCAUGUGCAAUUGUUGCAAUAACAACAAAACUUAAGUGUCUAAAAAAGAAAGCUUAUUUCUCACAUAUGUUAAUUCUUUUUAUUUAAUUAUGACAAACCAUUGUUGUUCAUAUUAGAAAACAACAAUUCAAAAGGUUAUACAUUUAUGUAUUUUCUUUUUGUAGAAAAUGUUGAGGAACUAUACGUCACACUUUAUCUUCUAGUAGAAAAACCUUAAUUUUAUGAACAGAAAAUGUUUGUAGGAAGAAAGUCAAUUACUGCCUGUUUGAGAGCAAAACACAGAUCCUGGAAGUUGCCUUACCUCUACUCUGAUUCACAAUUUUGAGCUGAAUAAAAUUGACACAACUAAACCGAACGAAACUCCCUCCCUCUGUUCCUUCAUGUUUAAAAACUGUGACUCUUCUGUCUUGGAGAUGACAAGACACCAUCAUUUUCACAAGUUGUAAGAUGGAAGAAGUGGAGCCUGACAAUAAAUAAUUACCACUGUG